AUUCUCCAAGAUGUCCAAAUAUUCGGGCAAAAAAUGUCGCCUGCUCUCAAUGAUGUGGCUGACGGCAUUUUUCUUCUUUGUGGAAAUCAUCGUGGGCUAUGUGACCAACUCGAUGGCGCUGGUGGCGGACAGUUUUCACAUGUUGGGCGACAUAGCUGCCCUGGUCAUAUCAUUCCUCUCCGUGAAGAUGUCGCCUAAGAAAUGGUCAAAGAACACCUUUGGCUGGGCACGUGCUGAGGUCCUGGGUGCUCUGGUCAAUGCCGUAUUUCUGGUUGCGCUCUGCUUCAGCAUCACGAUUGAGGCUUGCAAAAGAUUCAUUGAACAGGAACCCAUACAUCAGCCAGAGCUUCUGCUGAUUGUUGGCAUACUUGGUCUGCUGGUCAAUAUGAUAGGCCUUUGUCUGCUCUAUGAGCAUGGCGGUCAUCAUGGGCACUCGCAUGGCGGCGGUCUGACACGCAAUCACAGCCGGCUCACGGAGCUGGCCAACAUGGAUGAAGGCGAGGAUGAGCCGAACGAUUAUGCCUAUGAAAAGCAGAAGGAGAAGCAGGUGAAGAAGUCCAGUCACGGUCACAGUCAUGAUCCCGGCCAGAUGAACAUGCGUGGCGCCUUUCUGCACGUACUCAGCGAUGCCCUAGGCAGUGUUAUUGUAGUAGUCAGUGCCCUGGUCGUCUGGAAGAGCGACUGGGAGUAUCGCCUGUACAUUGAUCCUGCUCUGUCCAUUGUGCUGGUUGCGCUAAUCUUGCACUCUGUGUGGCCGCUGCUGCGUGAAUCGGCGCUGAUUCUACUGCAAACGGUGCCUACGCACAUUCAGGUGGAUGCCAUACAGAAGCGUCUGCUGGAGAAGGUCGAUGGCGUGCUGGCCGUGCACGAAUUUCAUGUCUGGCAAUUGGCCGGAGAUCGCAUCAUUGCUUCCGCCCACAUACGUUGCCGCAAUCUGUCGGAGUAUAUGAAGAUAGCCGAAAAGGUCAAGGAGUUCUUUCAUAAUGAAGGCAUACACUCGACCACCAUACAGCCAGAGUUCAGUGAGAUCGAAGGCUGCAAUAUGUCCGAUGGCACCUCUAGCAUUAAUAUGAGCGGUUCCGAUUGCUGUGCCCUCGACUGCCCCACCACAGAGGAAGGCUGCGUCAAGGCCACCUGCUGCCAAAAUAACAACAAAUUGAACCAGCUGCCUUCACCCUCGAGUUCGCCCUACAUGUGCCGUCAACGCAAUGCGGCACGCCAAGCUGGCGAUGUAGAGGCUGGCUCGCUACUAGAGGCUGCAUCCAGUGGCGUCAACCAGGUGAUAAGCAAUGGCAGCGCUGUUACAACAGCCGCGGAGCCAACGCCAAAGAAUGAAAUAGUCUGACAACAGCAACAGCAGCAGCCAACAGCACAACAGCAUCAAGUACACUUUGACACAAGCCCAACCACUACAACAACAGGAACAACAACCACAACCACAACACGUGAUAUAAAGCAAACAACUUCCAAAGUCAUCGCAGCCAGCGAUGCCAGCCCAAGUCUCUCGCUGACCGCACAAAGACGUCGCGAACUGCAGCUGCGUGCCGAAGAGCAGUCCAAGGA